GGACCAAACUGUCACCCUUAGCAGAAGCACCAAACAAGUCUCACAAGUCAGGACGAGUAGUAUUUCCCCUUCCCUUGUAAUUACUGUUCCAUUCAUUUUCAACGCUCUCUCUUGCAAAUCUCUGAACUUCUCUUCAUAUACCAAUGGCAAAACCCCAGUGAUUUCUCCAAUCCUCUGAAUCUCAAUUGGUUUUCCUUUUUUUUUAGUGGUUUGAAAGCUAAUCAGAGAAUUCUGAUUCCUCCAGUGUUCUCCAUUCUUCGUUUUUUGUGGCCAUGAAAAAACCAACCAAUGUGUUAUCUUUAUAAUCCAAUUGUCAGAAGGGAGAGAGGGAGGGAGAGGGAGAGAUACAAAUCAGGUAUGUGGGUUUGUCAGUAUUUCAGUUUGGAUUGGGAGGUUUCAUAGGACUACGGGAUCUGGAGUUUACAGCGGCAGAGGUUUUUUGGGAUCAUCAUCAUGAGCAGCAGCUGCAGAGGCAGGAGUAUCAGGUGGCAGAGUCAUAGCAGUCGAAGAUGAUGAACUACAAGCAACCUGAGCAAGAGUCGUUGAAGCAAGUCAUUUAACAGUUAAAAGUGUUACAUAGUAGGGGAAGAGAGAGAGAGAGAGAGAGAGAGAGAAAGAGAGACUACAGCACGAUUAGUUGAGUUUGUUGAAUCACCAGCACCAAGAAAAAGACCAGAAGCACCCACCAGUAAUAUAAAAUCAAGAAACAUACAAGCACGCACCAUCUUGAACUUCAAUAACAUGGGCAAGACAUAACCACCUACCAAACAGAGCCUCCCAAGUCCCACCCAAAGUCAUUUGGAGCAAACCACUGAUUAUGCAAAAACAAGUCAAAGAAUGGGAAUGAAGAGCAGUGGAGGAGGAGGAGAUAUAGUACAAGUUCAAGGAGGCCACAUUAUCCGAUCCACCGGCCGGAAAGACCGGCAUAGCAAGGUGUACACUGCAAAAGGUCCGAGAGACCGAAGGGUCAGGCUAUCGGCCCACACCGCAAUUCAGUUCUAUGAUGUGCAGGACAGAUUGGGCUGUGAUAGACCUAGCAAAGCAUUGGAUUGGCUCAUCAACAAGGCCAAGAAUGCCAUUGACAAGCUUGCCGAGUUACCCCCAUGGGACCCAAAUGAUAUUAUAAUUGCCUCCAGGGUAGGCCCUAACGAAGGCUCAAGUGGGAUGCCAUUGGAACAACAGCAUAGGCCAUUGGGUGAGAACCCAGUUGAUAAUCCUUCAUUCAGACCACCAUCAAACAUCUGUGAGCCCAUGGAGCACACAAUGAAAUCCUUCUUCCCAGCGAGUUCCGGGACUCCAUCAACGAAUUUUCAGGACUACCCUGAUGAUAUAAUGUCAAGACCCUCAAUCCAAACUCAAGAUCUUUGUCUCUCGCUUCAUUCUUUACAGGGCCAGAAUUCAAGUCAUACCCCUCAAACUGAUCAAGCCCUCUACUAUGGUGCAGCUCCAUUAGCUUUUGAGUCCAGUUAUCAGAGAACGAUGAGUUGGAAUAGUGGUGGGGAUGCAGAAAAUAGGGGAAUGUUUGUUUUCAACUCACAGACAAUGCCACAGCAAUCACAGCUUUGUCAAAGCUCAGCAUUUUCUUUGAGGGAACCCCUUCAGUCCAGUUAUUCACAGAGGGAUCGUGCUUGGGUUGACCUGCCUUUGCCCUCGGUAGAUCAUCCUAAUGUACUGGCAAUGCAUCAAUCUCUAAUUUGUAGCAGCCAAUUCAACACCUCGGAGUUUCAAGUGCCGACACGGAUUCAUGGUGAAGUGGAGAUUCGGGCGGUCUCCAAUAAUCCCUCUGAUGCUUCGCCCAGAAUGAACUAAUCCUUAAUUUCACAUCUAUCAGGACUCCAUAUAGUCUGCAUUGGAGACUCAUGACUAUAAUCAAGACUUUCAAGAAGAGAUUUCAAGCAACUCGGUGACCUUAUUGAUUUGAGGAAAAACAACUUGGUUUGGUUCAGAACAUCAUAUUUAUCUUUUGAUUUCCGUCAGUUAAUUUAUGUGUAUAUUUUCUUGUUUAAAGGGACUAUCUAAGCUCAACUUUGUUUGAUCUUUGCUACUUUAUAUCAUCAGUAGACUUUGCUUUACCACUAUGGUUGCUU